GCAAAGCCCUUUCCAUGGCUGCUUCAAGUCAAAGCCCAAUCUCGAGUCUCCCAAACGAGCUCCUCUGCUGAAUUUCACUACGGAACCCGCGUAUCGGUCUCCGCGGCGAGUCAACGUCAACCACUCUUCAUGGAUGAUUGUUUCGGUCAGCAGACUUUGGCGCCAACUUGCUGUGUCGUUUCCGUCACUCUGGUCAACUAUCAUAUUGUACUCUCAACUCACCAGGCCAAUCUGCAACAACGCUCUAUCUGGGAGACGCAACUCCUACGAUCUGCAGAUGCACCACUCGAUGUUAUUCUCUCGAUGGCCAAACCAUAUUCUUCCUCACCGGCCUGGGGCGAGAACUUUGUGAAGAUGGUUGAAGCUUUUGUAGCUUCGAGUCCUCGCUGGAGAAGCUUCCACAUCAUAACCAACAGCGCAUGGCCGCCAUUUCCGUCCUUCCAAUCUAUCCAGUUGCCGUUAUUCGAGGAAGUGACGUUUGACGGAAAUGCAGGUGGUCGACUUUAUAAACUGGGCUGGGAUAUUCCGUUGAACAACUCUUCAAAACUACGUCAUGUUGUUUUAGGUCUACCUAGAGCCAACUCCUUCUCUUGCGACAAGCUGCCUUGGUCUCAGAUUCGGACACACAAGGCAACAUAUCCAGCAAUUGCUUCAGAGGCUCGUGAGUGA